GAAAGAUUUGAAAAAUGGAGAAAUCUCCAAAUUGACAGGCCAAGAAUGGCGUGAACACCAGGAAGUCCAUUGGUAUUUUAAAAUUCUUGCAGAUUUGGCUGAAGAAAACCAUGAUCGGGUAUAUCCUGGUUAUAAAUUUUCUCCAAAAAGGGGUAAAGAAACAUUAAAAAACAUGAACGAUAAUAAAAAAACAGAAGUCCAUAGAGAAGUGAUACUUGAACCAACUUCUCUAAAUACUAAUGACGCGGAUAAUCUGCAAGAAAUUAGACAUAUUAAUGAUUUUCCUUGUGAUUUUUCACUUUAUACCGAUAAUUCGGAAAUGAUGAAUGAUUCUCCCUGUGAAUGUUCAUUUUAUACCGAUGCUAAUAAGGAAAUGAAUGAUUUUCCUUAUGAUUUUUCGCUUUAUACUGAUAAUUUGGAAAUUAUGAAUGCUUUUCCCUGUGAAUUUUCAUUUUAUAACGAUACUAAUAAUAAUGAUCUAGAAACGAUAAAUAAUUCGUUUUCCGAAAUCCCAGAUCAAAAUUUUGAUCAAGGAACUUUCGAUAUCGAAGAUUAUAUAAAUUUGGAUCCAUAA